AUGGAUGCGCAAAAAGAAUGCGUAUUCGUGUCGGAGAAAUCCAAAAUAUUCCCCUCGACUCGACUUUUCUUCUCGUUCCUAUUAUGCCUAUGCUUUGUGGCACUGGCUAUUGGAACAUCGAACAUAUCACAGUCAAUGGUUUGUAUGGUCAAAAAACCUGAUAGCAAUUAUUCGUGUCCCCUUGCUGAGCCAGAAGUUGAAGCUGUGCCAUGCAAUCAUCCGAAACAGUUUGGCUGGAGCUCUAUCCAACAAGGUUUAAUCUACUCGGGUCAAAAUUUCGGAUCCCUGUUUAUGUUUGUCACCGGAUGGCAAGCCGAUCGUUUGAAUGGAAAGUGGACAAUCGUGGCAGCAAUGGUGUUCAUCAUCGUUUCUAACGCUCUUCUACCAGUGUCAGCUGGCGUCUCUUUUGCCCUUGUCUUUUUUCUGAGGUUUCUCACUGGAGUAGGUGAUGCAUUAUUAUCCCCUGCGUCCUCUUCUAUGAUCACUAGAUGGUUUCCUCCGAAAGAACGACCGAGUGCACUUGGAAUUGUGACCGGAGGUCGUCAAAUCGGAACCCUGAUUAUCUUACCGGUCGGUGGAUGGUUAUGUGGAAGUGAUGGCAGCAAAUUUCUUGGUGGUUGGCCAGCAAUUUUCUAUCUGUCUUCAGUGGUUGCUGCCGCUGUUUUGGUCAUUUGGGUGGUAUUCUCAGCUGAUAAACCAUCGAAACAUUUAUGUAUUUCUCAUAACGAAGAAGCAUACAUUACACGAAAAAUUGAAGAAGAGAACAUUGGAAAGAGAAAACAACGAAAAAGUACCCCAUGGAGAGCGAUUCUUACCUCUAAACAAGUUUGGGUUGCGGUAGCUGCUCUUGUCUGUCACGAAUUUCCAUUAGUCAUUAUGCUCCAAUUCUUACCAAAAUUCUUUUCGGAUGUUCUUGGAUUGUCAAACACAGUGAACGGUCUAGUGUCGGCACUUCCAAUGGGAAUUCUUUUCCUUUCCAAGUGCUUGUCGUCUAGUCUAGCAUCUUAUCUCACUGCCAAUGGGUAUAUGAGGAAAACUCAAUCUUGCAAGAUAUUCAAUUUCAUCGCGUCCCUCGGUCUUGGAAUAUGUAUCGCUGCUACUCCAUUGUUCGGAGCCCUUCAACAAUCUGUUUGGGCAAUUAUCAUCCUAUGUUUGGCAAACGCAUUUGCAGGACUUCACACUCCUGGUGUACAAACAGCUCUGGUCCAACUUGCGCCAGCUUUCUCCGGAGUUAUCACCGGAAUUGCUUUUACAGUGGCAGCGUGUUUUUCAAUUUUCAACAAACUUUUGAUCAGUCAAAUUCUAACGACCGGCUCUAAACAAGAAUGGACGAUUGUUUUCGAGAUUUCAGCAUUUGUAGCUAUCCUACCAGUAUUUUUCUUCUCCUUGUGGGGAUCUGCUGAGAGAACGGAAUGGGCCUCCAACCGAGUAUCCAUCCCAAAGGAUGCCGAUCAGAAAUCCAAUGAUUCUGACUCCUCUACGUCUUCCACGAUACAAGCCUUCGCCAAAUAUAGCAUGUUCCUAUCUCAUGAUCUCACGAUUUCUGCCUAG